AGAUAACUGCGUCACGAGGGGGAAUAACCAGCAGUCUAAAGAUGUAAAAGAACUGGAUAUUAUUUUCUUCUUCUCGAUGUCUUAGAACUGGACUCGGAUAUUUAUCAACAAAUUCACACACAGACCUUUAACCCAAUCAUUUGACUUCAACGUGUUUUAAACUGAAAGACUUGCCACAGAUAGUUCCGACAUUGUCUGCCCUCAAAGUUGGAUACACGUUCCCCGUAGAGUUAAUCAUUACAGUGAUUGUGAAGCAUUUCACAUUAAAAACGACAGGAUUGUGGGGAAAAAAAUCAGUGAUUUUAAAAAAAAGUAAUAAUUUCUUCCAUUACCACAAGAGACAUCACUGGUUGAGAAUUUGACAGAGCAAGAUCUGGUCAUUCAUUGUCAGAACAUUACCCAAGAUUUGUUAUCUUUAUUUGAGAUAUAUUUCUAAAUUAUACUUUUGGAAUAGACCCAGAUUUUAUUUUAAAAAAUUUAAAGCAUAAACAAACGACCAGGCAGAAUUGAUUUGAAUGUGUUUUACUUGUGUAUCGUGAAGGAUAAUGGGAUGGAUUCCAUGACAUUCAUGUGGCAAGUAUCUGGAUAUUACCACCGACUUUGUAUUCGUUUUAUGCGGCAGAUGUGUUUCAGCUAAACCUCAGCCAUGAAAGACACACAAGGAGGAGGGAUGGAUGGUUUCACCCCUGACAACACGAUGGGCACAGUUUUUAUCAGAAUUGCUGUGCCCGAACUUAAAGUUCAGGUAAGUCUAAUCUUUGUCACAGGAAACAUCGCAAAAUUAAAAAUAUAAAAUAAAUAAGUUAAAAUAAUAUGUUUAAAAAUGAUAUUCCAAUUUUUUUAACUGAAUGGUAAUGCCUGUCCAUUUUUAUCCACCUUUUCUGACCAUUUUAUUUUCAUGUCACUAAUGUAGUGGUCACCAACCUGCAGUGCUUUGAAUGAAUAAAUUCAGCUCUUAAACCCACAUGUGACACUGCUGCCUAAAAUAUUUAUGAGCUGAUAUAAAUUAUAAAAAUGGCUCUUAAUUAAAUAGAUUGCUUUAGAGUAUUAUAUUUUUUUAAACUUAAAUCAUGACAUACUUAAAUCAUGACAUACUUAAAUCAUGACAAACUUAAAUCAUGACAUACUUAAAUCGUGACAUACAUACAUACUUAAAUCACAACAUACUUAAAUCAUGACAUACUUAAAUCGUGACAUACUUAAAUCGUGACAUACUUAAAUCAUGACAUACUUAAAUCAAGACAGACUUAAAUCGUGACUGGCUUAAUUCAUGACAGACUUAAAUCAUGACAUAUUUAAAUCAUGACAGACUUAAAUCUUCUGCUUCCAUGGGCCCACGUUCUGGAACCAGCUCCCCUUCCAUAUACGUCAUAGUGAAACCUCGUCCAGUUUCAAAAAGUCCCUUAAAACUCAUCUGUUUAGGUCCGCCUAUGACCUGUGAUGCAUCUAUAGAAUAGUAGUUACUAUCCUAGUGUCUCAUUUGUAUUUACUUAGUUUACAUGUUUUAAUAAUUGUAAAGCGCUUAGAGCUUUAUGAUAAGCGCUAUAUAAAAAUGCCUAAAUAAAUAAAUAAAUAAAUAAAUCAUGAAAGACUUAAAUCAUGACAGACUUAAAUCAUGACAGACUUAAAUCAUGAUAUACUUAAAUCGUGACACACUUAAAUUCUGACAGACUUAAAUCAUGACAUAUUUAAAUCAUGACAUACUUAAAUCAUGACAUACUUAAAUCAUGACAUCUUUAAAUCAUGAAAAACUUAAAUUACGACAUACUUAAAUCGUGACAUACUUAAAUCCUGACAGAUUUAAAUCAUGACAUACUUAAAUCAUGACAAACUUAAACUCAUGAAAUACUUAAAUCAUGGCAUACUUAAAUCAUGACAUGUUUAAAUCAUGACAUGUUUAGAUCAUAACACACUUUAAUCAUGACAUACUUAAAAUCAUGACAUACUUAAAUCGUGACAUACUUAAAUCGUGACAGACUUAAAUGAAUUUCACAUUGAUGACAGCAAACAACUGCCACACUAUGACUUUAAAUUUCAACUUCCCCCACUGAGCAUCUCUAAACCCAAUCAUUCUCUCUUUCUCAGAAAUGUCUGCAAUUCCAACUUGAGCACACUGUUUGGCAGGCAAAGCAAAGAGUACUGACAGCAUUUGCCAAAGUAAGAAAUGUGUUAAACAUAAUCAGAAAAACGAGUUAUUAAUUAUUAUUUAAAGUUGAGACACUCACAAUGGGUGCCAAAAUCAUUCUUUGAGCUGGUUUAAAUGCAUCAAUCAAAUCAAAAUUAGUGAACUAUCUGAACCGUGAGGAGAUAACCCAAGAAGGUUUGACACAUUUCUCUCCCUUCUAUUUCAAAAAGCUUGGAUAGUUUGUGAUUCAUUUUAACAUCCCUAAUCAUUUUCCAUUUUCUUAUUUUUUUUAAAAAAUAAUUUUUGUUGUUGUUUUGAUUAGCCUUUUAAACCAAGAAGAACAGAAUGAUUUAUUCUUUUACUAACCCAAUACAUCUGACUCAGCAACAGUUUUAUUGUAGCUAAUAAUGUUGUCACGGAACAACAUCACAGUUUUGAUUUCUUCAUUGAAGCAUUUACUCUCAUAUCUCAGUGGGAUUUAUGUGUCUAGAAUUCUGAUAGCAAAUUACACCUUUCAUAACACACAGAGAGCAGUUAUUUUAAAUUGGUUAAUUGUUUUAAUGUCAGCAAAUCUGAGUGUAUGAAAUAGCCUAUUAGUAGCCUACUUUCAAAUAAAUUUUAUUUUUUUCUUAUCAGGAUCUACGUGACCCUCUAAAUUAUGGCAUGUACCUCCCUCCAGCCAAUGGAAAAGCUGGGAAAUUUAUGGAGGAAGAGCGACUUCUUAAUGAAUACCCCAUCCAAGGACCGAUUGGCUUUCUUGAGGUUAGUUAAUUGGUUUUUAAAAUGAAAAUGGAGGUGGGAAACAUCAUAUUUAACUCGAGAUGAUUUUUUUUUGACACUGCAAAGUUGUCCAUAAGAAUAUGUCUGGGGAAGAAUCUAGAACAGUGGCAUGACAUUGAUCAUUACAGUACAGUGGCCUUCUAAGUUGGAAAUGUGGACCAAAGGGAAUUCUUGUAAUAUUUCACAAAUCUGCACAAAAUAAGCAGCUACGAGUUAACGUGCAUUAUUUUAAACAUUACAUAUACUUAUUCAACAUAUGUUUGUCAUGUUAUUUUUGUAUGCUGAAGUACAGGAUUCAAAAAGACAGGACAGCCUUGUCUAUUGAUAAUAUUAGCUUCUUAAUUACUGUUAUUACAGUGCUGACAUAUAAAGUUGAAUGUCACAGCAACAUAUAUUUAUAAUAACAUAGGAACAGUUACACCUUGAGGAUAAAUGAAAACCAAUGGAAAAUCUAAAUUAUAAAUUAUAAUUAAUUAUUUCAUUACCAUUGAAGAGGUUUUACUAAUUGAGGAGGUCUUCAAAAACAAAAAAGCACAACAUUAUGUUGUCCGUUUUAAAAGAAUGAACAUACUGCAGUUUGUAGGUAUCAAGUUAUCUUAUCUAUUGUCUGGUCAAGAGCAGGGUUUACUUUCACACCAAUUCAGCAGCUAUUGGUGUUCAACUUUUGGCCACCCAUCUUGUGAGAAUAAAAGAAAAAAAAAAUCCUGGCUGGGUCAUAGCCGUUUUCCCUUGGAGGUAAUCAGUCUGUGGCCGAAUGUUGGCUAUCUCACUGUUAUUUCAAGUCUAGCAUUCCCAUGUGACAUUUGAGGUGAUACUUUUUGCUACCAAGACAAAGAAAGUGAGGACUUGGAAUGUGGGGNGGGAGGGGGGGGGGGGGGGGGGGGGAGCAAGUCCUGGUGUGAAGUGUUAGCCAGCUUUUUGGCAACUGCUGACUUCUCACAAUGGUGAUAAAGACACAAAAAGCCUCCAGAAAAAGUUAACAUGAACUGACAGAUUGUUUUGUUUCUUUGUCUUCUCUUCUUUUCAAACAAACUUAGAGAAACUUAGAGGGACUUAAGCUUUGUGUCAAUACCCCUAUCUCAUUGUUCCUAUGUAGACUGCAACAGCUAUUAGUUAGAGGAUAUCAUACCAAAAAAAUAUUUAUAAUCUUUGAUCCAUUCAAAUCAAUGAUAUGGUUCUUUUCUCACUCUGGUGUCUCACAUUAUACAUAAACAUUAGACAAUCAUUGUAUUUUUAUAUCUUUUAAUACAUAGUUAUAUAUAUAUUUUUUACAAUGUUCUAAUUAAACAUUUCCUGACACUUUAAAAAAAAAUCUACCACCCAAAAAGAAAGUUUCUGUUGUUAAUGUUGUUUCACUGAACCUAUCAUUACGAUGGUUGGUGGGGAAUAUUUGCAUGUACACAUUAGUCUGGUCACCUGACAUUUUUAAAGAUUUAAAUAACACAAUUUCAAUGGGAAUUCUGCCUGUUUUGUCUUCCAAAAUCAGCCGUUCUCUAUUUUAUUUUUUUUAAAAACAAAGAACCAUAAUAAAAAGCCAAAUUUAAAAAUGGGCCAGAUACUAAAAAUAUCAACUAUUUGAAUAUAAGCUCUAUUACUGUAAAUGCCAAAAUUUGGUUUCCAGUUUCUUUAAGGGCUGCACCUGGCCCCUAACAAUAAGUUCUAAAAAAUCUAAUUUAGAUUCAGAUAUUUAUUUUCGCAAGAAAAAGAAAAGAAGAAAAAAUACAUUAGAGGUCUAGCUAUUUUUUGCUGUAUGUCAUUGUUGCGCAUUUUUUAAAAAUGGGUUAUUGAAAUUAGACAUAAAUUGGAAUGAAAAUAAUUCAUAGAUUUUGAUGUAAUCUUUAAUAAUAAUUUUCUUUUUUCACUGUAGUUCAAGUACAAAAAACGUGUUUACAAAAUGAUGCAAAUCAACGAGAGAAAGCUGAAACAGAUUCACUCAAAAGUAAGGAAACUAUACAAUUGUUUAUGUUCAUGCACUUCUAAAAAAUCAUUAUAUUUAAAUGAAAAAUAUGCAAAUAAAAUAAAUUUACUGGUAGAUAUGCUAUUAUAACUUGAUCUUAAAACUUAAAUCCCUAAUGCACUAUUUUAUUCCUUUUAAAAAUGAUUUGAAUGCUCAAUCUAUUAACUCUUUGUUGAUCUAAUUUUCAGUUUUGGAUUUGUUUACUUAACUAUCUGCAAUAGAAACAUAUAUUUUACUUUUAAAAAUUUUGUAACUGUUUCCUAGGUGAAAUUUAUAAAUCAAUGAUGCAUUUUAUUUUAUUCUUUUUCUGAAUGCAACUUGCUUAUCUUGAUUCAUUUCACCAUUCAUUUGAAGAAUUCAAAGUAUUAAUUUGUUUCUAACAAUUUAUUUCCAUUUCUAAAUGUUUACACAACAGUCCAAAUUGAAACUUUUCAUGGACGCUGUGCGUGCUGGGAAUAUUGAGAAAAUCAACAAAACCACAAUGAAAGGCCUUGACCCUAACUUUCAUGAUCAGGAUAAUGGAGGUAAUUUGUCAUAUCUUUUUUUUUUUUUUUUCAAUUGAAAUUAGUAAUGACUAUCAAAUCUUAAUGGUGUAUAAGUAUAAGAGUAAUGGCAGAUCUUACUGUUUUGAUCCAUUUAUUUAUUAUUAUUAAGCAUCCUUUUAAAACAGAUUGAUGCAGUAGAAUGAAGGAUGGUUCUCAACCUUAUGAUUUGUUUCAAGAUUGGGAAUAUGGAUGCCAGAAAGUACAACGCUCAUUUCUAGACAUUUGAGGAGAGAAAAUUUAAAACACAUUAUUUGUUUAUUUACAUUUAAUAUUAUUUGAAACCUUGCAGAAACUCCAUUGACAACAGCUGUCACCUUGGGUAAAUCCAAGUGCAGGGAUGUGAUCAUUACACUUGUUAGUGGUGGUGCACACCUAGAUUUUAGGAACAAGCAAGGCCUGACACCUCUACACCGGGGUGCCAUAGUGGGAAAUGCUGAAGCCAUUCGGGUGAGACUUAAUUAGUUUUGUGACAUUCCUUUGAAGACUAAGAUUGAACAUCUAUUUCUUAUAAACAGUAACAUGAAGCUGCCACCUCAUGUUUCCAUUUCAGCUGUUUAACUCUGUGCUGUAGCUCACUUAAUGCAACUAGAAUUUUCAAGCUCAAAAUUGAGAACAUUGUGGUUCUCUCAAUUCAAUCUUCAAGAUUCAUGCUUUAUAUAUAUAUUUUUUUUUUACUUCUUGAUGGCUGAAGUAUAUCAGUUAAAAUUUUAUUAAAACGACUUUUCACCAUUUGGACCUAUAAUGAAUGAAAGACAUUGUGGUAGUGGUGGGGAUAAUAAGUGCCUCUGUCAAUCAUCUAUAUUUACACUCAAAACAAAGAGCAUAUCUAAAUUAAGGCAAAGGACUGGCAAAGGUUAAGACAUCUAUGUUUAGGUUUUACCUUCCUAUUUGAAACCCAUUUUUUACAAACUCAGCAAAUACUUAGGUUUAAAAAUCCUUCAUUUCAAUGAUGAUAGAUUUUUAAAAAAAUGUAAUCUCAAGGAUAAAUUUCAAGUAGAUUUUUAAAAAUUCACAACCAAUACUUGUUGGUCAUUAUCAAUAAAUCAAUAAAUAAAAAUAAACUAAAACUACUCUUUUGAAGAUCUGAGCAAACUAAUGGCCUCAACCUGACUCUUGGCUUUGUGGGAGGGGGGGCUGUCAAAAAAGCAUCUUUAAUGGUGCUCACUUUCAUUAAAAAAACCUUUACAUCACCAUGGUCCUGGAACUGGAAAAACAAAAAAAAGUCCGCUAACUGGUCCAUCUCUCCCAGUAUCCUAUAUCUGAGUGAAUUGUUAAGAUUUUAUUUUUUAACUGCAUGAUUUUUAAAUAUUUGUUAUCUAGAAAACAAAGCUAGAUAAUAUUAUAAUUGUUACUUAAUAAAACAGACGAUGCUUGACCUGGGCGCAUCACCAGACUGCAAAGAUGCUCGUGAUCUGACCCCCUUGUACUACAGUGUUUCCAACGAUGACACUGUCCAGGAUUGUACACACAUGUUGCUACAUGAAAGAGCUCGUGUUGGAAUAUGUGAUGAGCAUGGCUGGUACGAAAUACAUCAGGUACAAUUUUUUAUCUGGUUAUUUUUAUGUGCGCAAACAUUUGCCCUUUUUUUUUCUUCUAAUGUCUGCCAACACAGUGUUUCUCAAACUUUAAGUUGGGCUGACCAGUGGAAAAAUUUUUAAUUGCAUCAGGGACCAUUGCCAGAUUUAUCAAUUUUUUCUCUUUAUACUGACCACAAAUGUUGUGCAGACAAGCAACGUAAUGCUUGUAGACUGUUACCCGUCUGCGAAGACCACUUUGGAAAUACUGCUCUAUCAGACUUUGCUUUUAUUUCUUAAUCUAGAUGUUCAUUGUUACCAUUUAAAGCCAAUGAAUUUAAUUUUUAAAUCUUUAUCUUCAGGCCUGUAAGAAUGGCCGUGUACAGCACUUGGAGCAUCUUCUGUUUUACGGAGCAGAAAUGGACGUAAGAAACUCCUGUGGGAACACACCACUUCACAUAUGCGCCCUCAAUAGCCAAGAAGCCUGUGCUCGUGUGCUUCUGUUCCGUGGAGCUGACCCUACACUGGUCAACUACAGCAAUCAGACUGCUGACCAGGUGGCCGCCCUGGCUGGCAACACAGCAAUUGCUGAAAUGAUCAAUUCUCAUAACCCUGAUGAUGUGGGUGAGUCUUGACAUAGCCUCCUAGCACCAUAACAAGUCAAUCAUGGUUAUUUUGCUGACUUGUUUCUGUUAAAAGAAUAUUUUCGAAUAUUUUAAAGACUUUUUUCUAGAUACAUAUGUAUUAAAUUUAUUACCUCAAUCUACUUCUGUACUUAGGGUGAGAUGCUAUUUAAUCCAUUGCCGAGUGAUAUAGGCUACUUUUAAAUAGAGUUUAGAGUCAUUAACCAUUUUCUUUUCUCAUCAGUUCCCUACAGGGAAAUUCCUCAGUACAGCAAUCGACGUAAAGGAGCAUCAUUGACCCCUUCCCUCAGAGCCUUACUGCGAACACGCAGUGACCCCCGGAUAAACUUUGCAGGCCUGGAUGACAUCAGAUCCCCAUCAUCAUCCUCAUCUCCCAUCGGUGGUCUGGCCAGGAGGCAGUACGGAGGCUAUAGAAUGGUGGACUCUGACUCAGCUUGUUCUAUCAGUAUAUCCAGUGCUGGAUCAGGUAAAACAGCUCUGACAAUUUUACUGUCGAAUCAUACAAUUGUCGAAUGGUUUUUAAAAGAGAGACUCCUUUAUUUUAAAUAAAACCAAGUGCAAAUGGCAGAUUUAUUUAGGAAAAAUUAAAUUUUUUUUUUUUUUUUUUAAUUCUCCAGUUUCAUAAUUUUAUUUAACUUCAACAAAUAACUAAAAAAGUCACAAUUGAUAUAAAUUAAAAAAAUUGUCGAAUGGUUUUUAAAAGAGAGACUCCUUUAUUUUAAAUAAAAACAAGUGCAAAUGGCAGAUUUAUUUAGGAAAAAUUAAAUUUUUUUUUUUUUUUUUUAAUUCUCCAGUUUCAUAAUCUUAUUUAACUUCAACAGAUAACUAGAAAAGUCACAAUUGAUAUAAAUUAUAAAGCUAAUGCUAUUUUAUUGUCACAAAUAAUUCAAUUAUACAAAUUUUUGAACUUGUCUUUUUGGAGUGCAUUUUUUCUUGAUGGUGUUUCUGUCAGAAUUUUUUGCUCUUUGCUUUGUACAUGGCCACCCUCAUCAUGUUUUCUUUUACAUGCAUUUGAGUAAAUCUAGGGGAAUAACUUUAUUACGUAUAGGUUAUGUAACUGGGCUAUUAGAAUUAUAUAUUUAUUUAUUUUUUGGAACAAACAGAGCAAUAGACUCAUUGAUAUGUGUAGUAGAUUUUGGUCAUCACCUUUUUUUUUAAAUUAGUCUUUUUGAUUUGACAACUUUUUAAUCUUAUCAAAUAUUUAAAACAGUUGGUCUGUUUACAGUGUCUUAGGGGAGGUAAUAUUUUGAAAAUGUAAACUUUGUUUCAUUCUCCCCACUUUGGUUGGCUAGGCCAAACAAAUCUAGUCACAGAUUUUAGAUCAAGACCAAAAAAGUUGUUUUCUGCUGGUCAAAAGCUUGUGAUAAUGUCUGAGGUUUUUCCUUAUGUCUGCAUAAAGCCUUACACAGCCAAAUUUCCUGGAGAACUCUCAUUGCAAAAAGGAGAGAUCAUUCAAGGUUUUUGUGUGCCUCAUUUACAGAAGAAAAUUUAUAUACUGCCAGCAUGCCAUGGACCAUUCAAAUUAUUGGGUUCAUCUAAAAAACUUUUAGAUAAAUCUAAUUGCACUCAUAACUUAUAAAACAAAAUAACAUAUUAAAAUAUAACCCCAGAUAAUUAAAUAUAUGUUGUAAAAAUAUUUAAAAGAGUUGGCUUAAGUAUUUUUAAAGCAUAAAACUAGAUCAAUUUCAAGGUUGGCUAUUUAUGAUUUAUUAGAUGUCUGCAAUAAAAAAAAUAAAAGCACCACUUUUUUUUUAAAAGAAAAGGUAUUCAAAUGAUCACAUUGUAAGGCUUGUGAAGAUAACAUCAAUACAUUUGAUAUCAUUAGCACUAGAAGUUUGAAUGGUCUUCCCUAUAUUGCACUGGGUAAUACUAGCAACCAGAAAUAAUUUACAUCUCAGAUUCACACCUCAAUAUUUUGCUUCCUUCAAUUAUCAGUUUCUGUACAUUAUCUGUAUUUAAAAAUGUAAUCCAAUCAUGAUUGGUCUAUAAGAAACGUCUUUGUAUUAUCAUCGGAGGGAAGAGUCUGUGUCUUUCCUUGAGUUUCAAAAGAGAGAUAAAUAGCUUUCUUUCUUUAAGUUGAUCAGUGUAGGGUCUUUAAUUUCUUUAAUAUUAUGAUCAGAGUUCAGAUUUGUUUAAAUGUAUGAAUGCAAAAGUUUGAAAUCUGCAAGACUGUAUUACGGUGAGUUAAGAGUUCAACAAUGAAAGUAUUUGUGUUCAUGAAUCGAGCCUCUAUAAUCUAAAAUAACUAGAUUUAGUUUAGAUUUUCUCACAUCUGUACAUAUUCAAUUACUUAUAAUGAAGACAUCCUGGAAUUUUUUAAUUCCUGUCUUCGAAAUGUAUUAUAAUAAUAUGUUUAUUUAUUUCAAAUCACCUAUAUAUGUUUAAUGUCUGUAUUCAUGUAUGAUUUUUUAAAAUAUGUAUAUAAAUAGCUAUAACAGUCCAAACAUUAAGCUUCUAGAAUUGAAUUUGCUUUGUUGUGAUGGUUAAGUCCUUUAUGUGUACAUUCUGAUUUAUGUUUGAAUUCUUUUAGCAAUGUUUGCCCACUACCAUUUCCUUAACAGUAAUGCUUAAAACCAAAAUUCAAGGAUUACCAAAUUUAACAAAUGCACUUUGAAAUACCUCAAUUAGUGUUAAAAUUAUGUAAAAAUAGCAUUUCUUUUUUUCUCGUAGUCAAUGUGAGACCCUCACUUUCUGUCAGUGUUAAUACAUUCAUUUUUAUUUGCUUUGAAAUUAAUAUUUGUUCUGUAAUAACUUUUGAAAUAGCACUAUAAAGGCAUAGAUUUAUAAGUGUGUAAAUAUUAACAGUAAGGAGUGCAUUUCCACCAUGCAUUAAAAAUGGUUUGUUUUUAUUUAUAAGCCACUAUUCUGAUCUUGGAAAAAAGUGCCCAUAAAACUCUUAAUCUUUUUUCAAAGUAAAAGAAACAAACUUAUUCAUUCCAUCUUAUUAUAAUCUUCUUUAUUUUGCAUUAUUUUUUUUUUAAAUUUUAGUUACUGGCGUGACUGACCAAGGCUUGUACGAGGGAAGGAAAUCUUCUGGUGUCGAGGGAUAUUUCCCUGGUGGACAUCUGUCACAGAAUGUACGCAGAGGUCUGUAACAUAAACGUACAUUCUUUAAAACAUUUUUAUGUCCAGACAUAGGUCAACCUGAUGUGGUUGACAAAAAUAUAAAUCAAGUCAAACUACGUGUUUCCAUAAAAGGGAUACUAUAUGAUCAAACAGUAUAUUAUUUUGUUGUUGUCACAGUUGAAUCCAACUAUAAUAAUAUAAUUUGGUGUAUAAUUGAGUUCUAUAUCUUCUAACAGCUAUUAAAGUUGAAACAUUCAUGUCUGAAAAAUCUUACUGCUUGUUUUUAAAUAAAUGAUUUAGUUCAUUCAGCCAUCUCUAAAAAAAAAUAGAAACAAUUUUUUUUUUUUUUUAAAAUGUUCACCUUAAAGGUUUUAAAAUAUUAUGAAAGAUAUGAAACAUUUCUUCAUCUAAACUAAAUAGACCUGACAAAGACUAUCAGGAAUUUUAAGUGUUAUAUUUUAAAUUUAGUUCUAUAUCUUCUAACAGAUAUUAAAGUUGAAACAUUCAUGUCUGAAAAAUCUUACUGCUUGUUUUUAAAUAAAUGAUUUAGUUUAUUCAGCCAUCUCUAAAAAAAAAUAGAAACAAUUUUUUUUUUUUUUUUAAAAUGUUCACCUUAAAGGUUUUAAAAUAUUAUGAAAGAUAUGAAACAUUUCUUCAUCUAAACUAAAUAGACCUGACAAAGACUAUCAGGAAUUUUAAGUGUUAUAUUUUUUUGAAUAUCUCUUUAAAUAAACAUAGUAAGUCUGAAUGUGUUUAUAAAAUUGAUGAAGUAACAAUUGACUUGUUUAUCUCACGUUCAGCCGGGUCCAUGGGAGACGUAAAUGUUGUAUCAAGGGGGGAUAAUCAACG